AUCUCCUUUUAAUUAAAUUUAAGGACAUGAAAAACUCAAAGAGAGAUUCAAAAACAGUUGAACUAUUCUUAUACAUAUAAUUACAAACUUUUUUUUGGUUUCUCUGAUUACAUCUUUAAACGCGUGUUCCUUGCUUCAGCCAUAGAUUCUCAAUCACCAUUAACAGUUUAUUUUACCUUUAGCCACUAACCCUAGUAGAUAUUGCCUCCAAAACCUUCAUGGAUUGCUAUACAUAGCAUUUAUUGUGAGCUUUUAUCAUAUAUAGUACGUAUAAUCUCUCCCCAAUAUUUAUAGAGUAUCUUUCUUUCUUCAUUAUAUGAUAUAUAUGCCAGUUUCUUUUACAUUGGAAAACACCCAGAUGUUUCUGUGCAGCUAUAUAUUCUGAAUAUCUGCUAGCUGCUCUAGUACUAUAUAUGCACAUAAAAAUUACUCUUCCGGAAAUAUAUAUUGUUUGUCUUUUCCUAACAUGUACGCACAGACUUUGUUUGAGUUUUGAUCACUCUUAGCUCUCUUUGCAUAUUUCUUUCAUUUUAAUAUUACGUAUGCCCGUAUCUCCUUAAUCUGCAGGCAGUUUCAUGAUCUCAAUCGACAAUUAAUUUGUAAUCGUACUUGUUGAAGCAUACGGUUUUGAGGCAACGCAUAUAUCAGAUGGGUAAAUUCGUUUAGUUCUGUUGGAAUUCCAUUUCUCUCAAAACUCAAGCGAUCGAUUAGAAGAUAGAUCAAACGUAAUUUAGAAGACUAUACACAGUGUAAGGAAUUUAUAACCCAAACCUUAAUCUGAUCUCCCCUCCAUCAUCAAAUUAACAUCGCUACCAUGGACUGUGAGCCUCCAUUUGAAGAAGCCUACAAGACCCUAUUAAAGAACCCCUAUGGUGAUAGUGAGGUGGAUUACUCAGUGGAGGAAUGUGAACUGCCUCUAAUCAACCUUAGCCGUUUAAGUUGUGGGCAGAGGGAAAGAGACAAAUGCAUAAACGAGAUGGUUAAUGCCGCAAGAAAUUUGGGUUUCUUCCAAGUUGUCAGUCAUGGGAUUUCAAAAGAGAUUCUGAAGAACAUGAUUUAUGAGCAGAAGAAUUUGUUCCAUCAGCCUUUUCAGAAGAAGGUUAAGGACGGGUUUCUAAACUUGUCUACGAAUAGUUACCGUUGGGGGAAUUUAAAAGCUACUCGUCUCAGCCAAUUCUCUUGGUCAGAAGCCUUUCACAUUGCUAUUACUGAUAUUCCCGGAAUCAAAGACGACACUCUCAGGGUAACAACUGAAAAGAUUACAAAAGCGGUGGCAGGAUUAGCUAAAAGCUUGGCAGAAAUUCUAGCACAAUAUGUGGGUGUUAGAUCCAGCUAUUUCCAAGAGAACUGUCCAGCCACAGGCAGUUAUCUUAGGCUGAACAGAUAUCCUCCAUGUCCAUAUUCUUCCAAGGUCUUUGGCCUCAUUCCUCACACCGAUACCGAUUUCCUUACCAUAUUGUAUCAAGACCAGGUUGGAGGCCUCCAAUUGUUCAAAGAUGGAAGAUGGUUUGCUGUUCGACCUGACCCUGAUGCUCUUAUCAUUAACAUAGGUGACUUCUUUCAGGCCAUGAGCAAUUGUGUUUACAAAAGCAGCAAACACCGAGCAGUUUCUAGUCAAGCUUCUGAGAGGUUAUCCGUUGCAUAUUUUUACUGCCCUUCCGACGAUGCUAUCAUUCGGGGCUGCAGUCGACCACCAGUUUACAGGGACUUCAGUUUCAAAGAGUAUAAACAGCAAACCAAUAAGGAUGUUGAAGAAACUGGUGAUAAAGUAGGGCUCUCAAGGUUUCUCUUAUGAUUUGUAUAUCUAGAUAGGCCUAUUAGUUUUAGCUACAGAACAUCCAUUAUUAGCCAUCGGAUCGAUGCUUCAAAACUUCGAGACUUAAAUUUGUAUUAGUAUUCUAAUAUGUGUUUAGUAAAAAGUAAACCUUAUUGGACAUAAAGAUCAAUUAAUAAGUUUGAGAUCUAAAAUUGUAUUAGUAUCUUAAUAUAUGUUUAGUAAAAUGUAAACGUUAUUGGACAUAAAGAUCAAUUAAUAAGUUUUUAAAUGGAUCCAGGAAAGACAGAGGAAGUCCUCGUGCUUUUUCCCAUCAGGUCAUGUAAUCAGGUCAUGUAAACUUGGAGUUUUAUUUUAUUUUAUUUUAUUUUUUGUGGUUUUGUG